GUUUCAAUGAAUUGGAUUUUGUUCUAUGACUCUUGAACUGACCCAAUAAAUCUUCCUAUAAUCGUAACAUCUCUUACCAUUGAUCAGUCAACUUCUCCUAACAAAGGGUUGCAGGAGAAUAGUGUUUGAGUUAUAUCUCAUCACAGACUGACAUACUGAUUUUGGCUUGUUGAUACCCUCAUACCCUUAGAAACUCUCGUUUGGUUGAUUGUACCAUUUAAUUUUUAUCUCCUUUUCUUCGUAAUUUAUCAUCCACCAUCCACCAACCUUCUUUGCCUUCUUUGUGCCAUGCUUCGUACACGACAAGCUGGCCAAGCCUUCAAGGCUUUGGGUCAAGCUUCACGACAACAACGCCGAUUCCUCACCAACUCGUCUAUCUCUUCCGCUGUUCAGACCAAGAAGAAUGCGCCUGCAGGCGUCAGAAAUCAAGCCACCUCGGCUCAAUCACCUGCCCAGGUUCGAAGUGCACCCGCUCCCGCAUUCAAUACAGCCAGCACAAAAGACCGAAGUCAUGUUCAGCCCUUGGUCAACCCUCGAGCCCCCGAGAUGGACGAGUCGUUCAUUGGAAAGACUGGAGGAGAGAUCUUCCAUGAGAUGAUGUUGAGGAGGGGCGUUAAACACAUCUUUGGUUACCCCGGUGGAGCUAUUCUACCCGUGUUUGAUGCCAUUUACAACUCGAAACAUUUCGAUUUCAUCCUGCCAAAGCAUGAACAAGGCGCUGGACAUAUGGCCGAGGGCUAUGCGCGUGCUUCUGGAAAACCUGGUGUCGUACUGGUCACUUCUGGCCCGGGUGCCACAAAUGUCAUCACUCCCAUACAGGAUGCCAUGUCCGAUGGUGUGCCACUGGUUGUUUUCUGCGGUCAGGUUCCUACGCCUGCUAUUGGCAGUGAUGCUUUCCAAGAGGCCGACGUCAUAGGAAUAUCGAGAUCUUGCACCAAGUGGAACGUCAUGGUUAAAAACAUUGCUGAACUCCCACGACGUAUUAACGAGGCCUUCGAUAUCGCUACUAGCGGACGCCCAGGUCCCGUACUUGUCGAUCUGCCUAAAGAUGUUACCGCUGGCGUUCUCCGAAGGGCCGUCCCUGCAGAGUCAGCCAUCCCCGGCUUACCUAGUGCAGCAUCCCGCGCCGCUAUGGAGCUUUCCCAGAAACAGCUCCAGGCUUCUCUUCGCCGCGUGGCUGAUUUGGUGAACAUCGCCAAGAAGCCCGUCAUCUAUGCCGGCCAGGGAGUUGUUUCGUCGAUUGGUGGACCAGAGAUCCUUAAGGAGCUCGCCGAUAAGGCCUCGAUACCUGUUACUACGACUCUCCUCGGUCUUGGCGCUUUUGACGAGCUGGAUGAGAAGUCUCUCUACAUGCUUGGCAUGCACGGCUCUGCGUCCGCCAAUAUGUCGAUCCAGACGGCUGAUCUUAUCAUUGCUCUCGGUGCCCGUUUUGACGACCGUGUAACCAUGAAUAUCACCAAAUUUGCACCUGCGGCCAAGGCUGCCGCUGCCGAGGGACGUGGUGGUAUUGUGCAGUUUGAGGUCAUGCCAAAGAACAUCAACAAGGUUGUACAAGCAACCGAGGCUAUUGAGGGCGAUGUAGCAGAGAACAUACGACAGCUUCUUCCCCUAAUUAACAUCAAGAGCAUGUCGGAUCGUAAAGAGUGGUUUGACCAGAUCAACUCGUGGCGGGAGAAGUGGCCUAUGAACGACUUCGAGCGAACCGAGCGAGCAGGCAUGAUCAAACCGCAGGUCCUAAUCGAAGAACUCAGCAAGUUGACGGCCGACCGAAAGGAGCACACGAUUCUCACGACAGGUGUCGGUCAGCACCAAAUGUGGACAGCACAGCAUUUUAGGUGGAGACACCCUCGCACUAUGAUUACAUCCGGAGGCCUCGGCACUAUGGGAUACGGACUUCCCGCUGCCAUUGGUGCCAAAGUUGCUCGACCCGAUGCUCUUGUUAUCGAUAUCGAUGGUGACGCUUCGUUCAACAUGACCCUCACAGAACUCUCUACCGCUGCCCAAUUCAACAUCGGCGUUAAGGUUAUCGUCCUUAACAACGAGGAGCAGGGUAUGGUGACUCAGUGGCAAAACCUCUUCUACGAGGACCGAUACGCCCACACGCACCAGAAGAAUCCCGACUUCAUGAAGCUGGCUGACGCUAUGGGUGUCCAACACAGAAGACUCGUUAAACCUGAGGACACAGUAGGAUGCUUAGAAUGGCUUAUCAAUACCGAUGGCCCUGCAUUCUUAGAGGUGAUAACAGACAAGAAGGUGCCUGUGCUUCCCAUGGUACCUGCAGGAUCAGGUUUACACGAAUUUUUAGCAUGGGACAGUGAAAAGGAUAAGAAACGCAGAGAGCUUAUGCGCACUCGUACUUGCGGAUUACAUAGCUAAUUAUGUGUUUUACGUGGAAUUUACUGCAUCGGAAGUUAGCGAUUGUGUUUUAUUUGGGACAAUUAUGGAGGGAAGUAGCUAAAGAAGGAUGUGCGGCCACAAUAAAAAGGGAAAAGCUGAGUCCGGUGAAGAGACGGAACCGAAAAGUGAUUUUUUCUAGCCUGCAUCUGGCAUCCUUGUCAGGAACGUCCUGGCAAAUAGUUGGCGUUGCUAUCGGUGCAUACUUGACCGUCCUUUUACGUGUAUAUAAUUUGCAUUUUGAGUUCGAAUUUCGAGGUUUGCGAGGACAAUGAUACCGUUAUCAUACCCCUGGCGAACAGUAUGCCAAUAUUGGCGGAGUGAUUUCCGAUAUACCUUAGGUAGUUUCGUCCAUAUACAUGCAAUGAUUCUAAACUCUACAGCUGAAAUAGUCAUCGAGCCUAGGUUUUAUUUCUUAGAAGCUCCUUAUAUCCUCC